GGCGCUGCGAUUGGCGGAUGGCGCUGCGGUCCCACCCCCGCUGUUGUCCGGGCAGGGAAGAUGGCGGCGGCCGCUGUGAAGAGCAUCGGGGGCGGCCUGGGCGUGCGGCUGAGGGAGCUCCGCAUCCACCUGUGCCAGCGCUCCUCCAGCAGCCGCGGUGUCAGGGAAUUUAUCGAGCAGCACUAUGUGACCCUGAAGAAGGCAAAUCCCGACUUCCCUAUCCUGAUCCGCGAGUGCUCCGGUAUCCAGCCCAAGCUCUGGGCUCGGUACGAGUUUGGGAAGGAGAAGAGCAUCCCCCUGAACAACCUGAGUGUGGAUGAAGUGGGCAAGGCCCUGGAGAGCGUUGCGAAAGGCCACGCGUGACGGCAGACAGGAAGUACACACCUGCUGGAGACCUGACUGAUUAAUGUCAAAGAUGUAUCUUUAAUUUAUCAAUUCAUAAACACAAUGUGCUUACCUUGA